UGAAGCCGCCCUUCAUUCGAGACCUUUUUUUCCCACUUUCUUUUCCUUCCUUUCGUCUUUCUUUUUUUCCACCUCCCUCCGUCUCGCUCGAAACCCUCGUCCCUCCCUCUCCCCCGCAUGCCUCUGUAGUGUUCCAAGAUCCCCUCCUGCUCCCCCCCCCCGAUCCCGGCAGAUCGCCGAAACCCCCGAUUUCAUGGCCGCCGCGCUCGAUCCAGCGCGGGGAGCGCUUGGGCUGUUGGUUCUUUUCGCCCUGAUUUCGCCCUCGGCUAGGGUCGGUGUGUUCUCCAGGCCGGACAAGGAGACGCGAGAGAAGUUCUACGGGAACCUGGUGAAGGGGGAGUCUCGCAAUAGCUCUGGCGAGGGGAGCAUCGCUGAGAUCUUCGAUCGCGUGCUCGAGAAGGAGUUCUCCGAAAAUGACGUGCCCGAAGGUCCUGAUCAAAGUAGCUUCAACAACUCUGUGGCGGAUCAUCAAGCAGUUCUGGAGACCGUUGCUAUAAUUACUCAUGACAAGUCAAAGAAAAAUGACACACACGAAGCGAAUUCAACCAAAUCAUUCCAAAUUGGGGAUGUUUUUAGCCUGGAAAAUGAGGGUUCUGAUGAUAUGACAACAUUGAUAGAUAGCAAGGAUAAUGUGUUUGUUAUGUCAAACCGUAAAACAAAGUAUCCAGUGCUUCAAGUAGAUUUAAGAUUAAUUUCAGACUUGGUUGUUGUAAUAGUUUCAGCUACAAUUGGCGGUAUUGCCUUCUCCUGCUUGGGACAGCCAGUCAUUGUUGGUUAUCUUCUUGCUGGAUCUCUAAUAGGACCAGGGGGCUUGAGAUUUAUUAGUGAGAUAGUGCAGGUUGAGACUGUUGCGCAGUUUGGCGUGGUGUUUCUCCUUUUUGCAUUGGGUCUCGAGUUUUCAUCAGCUAAGUUAAAAGCUGUUGGUCCUGUUGCUAUUCUUGGAGGUCUACUUCAGAUCAUUAUUUUUAUGUUCUUUUGUGGCCUAACUGCCAUGUUAUGUGGUGGGAAGUCAUCUGAGGGCGUAUUUGUUGGUUCUUUCUUAUCAAUGUCAUCUACAGCUGUGGUAUCAAAAUUUUUAGUGGAAAAGAACAUAACAAAUUCCCUUCAUGGUCAAGUUACAAUUGGUACACUCAUUCUUCAGGAUUGUGCGGUUGGUCUUCUUUUUGCUCUGCUUCCUGUUCUGGGUGGCGGUAGUGGUCUGUUCCAUGGAAUUAUGUCAAUGGCAAAGUUGUUGAUGGUCUUGUCCUUGUUCAUAACUGCUGCUUCUGUAUUGUCUUGGUCUUUUGUUCCUCGCUUCUUAAAGCUUAUGAUUCAGUUGUCAUCUCAAACAAAUGAACUCUACCAAUUGGCCUCGGUGGCUUUUUGCUUAUUACUGACUUGGGUUAGUGAUUAUUUAGGCUUAAGUCUUGAGUUGGGGUCAUUUAUUGCUGGAGUAAUGAUAUCCACCACUGAUUUUGCACAGCAUACUUUGGACCAGGUGGAAGCAAUUCGUAACCUGUUUGCAGCACUCUUCCUUGCUAGCAUUGGCAUGCUCAUACACGUGCAAUUCCUCUGGAACCAUGUUGAUAUAUUGCUAGCAUCUGUUAUUCUGGUAGUCAUAGUUAAGACAGUUGUGGUAACCAUAGUAGUUAAAGCCUUUGGAUACAGCAUCAGGACAGCAUUUCUUGUGGGUUUGUCAUUAGCUCAAAUUGGAGAAUUUGCCUUCGUUCUCUUAAGUCGAGCCUCAAAUCUUCAUCUCAUUGAGGGCAAAAUGUAUCUUCUGCUUCUGGGAACAACAGCUCUUAGCCUUGUAACAACUCCCCUAAUGUUCAAACUAAUUCCAGUUGUAAUGCACCUUGGCAAUUUCAUGCGCUGGUUUCCAUCAGAAAACAACAUGCAGAAUGAGGAUAAAGCUACUUUGCAUGAAGUCUAUGACAGAUCGGUGUAGCAUCAAUUUGUUCAGCUGCUGUAGCUUCCAUGGCCAGACAGUCAUUUUAAACUCAUCACCACUGUGCAUACCAGUAAACUUGGGUUAGCCAACUGUCGCAGAAGAUUUAACCACUUUGGACAUGAUCACGUUUUACAUGUUCAUUUAUCUGUAUAUCUAGUAAUACAGAAUUGAUACCGUCUGAUGGGCUACAGUAUAAUUUUGCAUGUCAAGAGCAAUGCAGAAGAUUCUUUUUCUUCAUCUUGCAAAAAUUGAUAGGACAAAUAUACUUCGGUGAACUUCCGUUGUAUAAAUUUUGGAUGUCCCAAGCAUAGAGAAAUAUGUAAUAACAUUUGAUGCAGGAAUAUGGUGUCCAUGUCUGUAUACGAUGCUUGAUGGGUUGUUUCGUUUC